CACAAAGAUAUCCACAAAGGUACUUGCAUACUUAAAGACAGCGAGAUUGCAGAUCAAAAGCCCUUAAAUCCCCCAUCAGCUUUUACGAACUAAAGCAAUAUCCACUCCUAUCACUCCUGACUCUAUAUGGUGGACCGCCCCACAUUGGGGAACAGAUCAGCGACACGGGGAGAAACCCAACGCAUCACUCACACAUAGACCAUGGCGCAAGAACUCAAAGCAAAGGGCAAUGAGCUCUUCAAAUCCGGCGACUACAGUGGUGCUGAAGACUUCUACUCCCAAGCAAUCCAAAAGAACCCCAAAGACGCAACCUUCUUCACAAACCGCGCGAUAACACGAAGCAAACUCGCCAAAUGGGCCGACGUCGAACAUGAUGCCCGCGCCGCAAUCGAAAUCUACGGCCUAAAAAACCCCGUCGCCUUAAAGAGCCACUACUAUCUCGCCCAGGCACUCCUAGGCCUACAGCGCCCACAGGAAGCACACGACGUCGCGUUCGACGCGUACCAACUGAGUCUAGCAGUGAAGAAUGCCCAGACGGAGAACCUGUCGCAGACAGUCCUGCGCGCGAAGCAGCAGAUCUGGGCUGCGCGGGAGACGUCUCGGGUGCGCGAGAUGAAUGAGACUCUGGGUUCUGUGGAGGCGCUCGUUGAGGCUGAUGUGACGCGUGCGCUGGCGGAGUUGCAGGGUCGUUUGGAGCGUGGGGAGAUUGGGGAGAUUGGGUUUGGGGAGGAUCAGAAGGCGUUGCGGGAGGAUGCGGAGACUAAGGUUAGGAAUUUGAGGGAGGCAUUUCGAGUUGCUUCUAAUGGAGAGGUUCAGGAGAGGGUUGUUCCUGACUAUCUCAUUGAUGGUAUCACAUUUGAGAUCAUGCAUGAUCCUGUUAUGACACCGUCGGGGGUCAGUUUCGAUCGCUUGGGCAUCACCAAGUAUGUUGAGAAGUCGGGCGUCGAUCCUAUGACUCGGGCUCCUAUCAGUGUCCAUGAUUUGCGGAACAAUUAUGCUCUCAAGGCUGCCUGUGAGGAAUUCCUCACGAACAAUGGAUGGGCGGUGGACUGGUGAUCGCUCUCUUUGAGUUUGUACAUUGCCACGGGAAUUUGGAUCUAAGGUUAUCUUUUUUUCUCUUUUUCUGGUGCAUAGCGAGUGUUUUCCACAGCGGUUGCAUGUGGACAUGCAUCUGUUGGCGUGGUUCUUGAAAUAAUAUGAAGAUUUUGGAUUAAUUGUUGAAUAUGUAAGACAAU